GCGAGUCUUGGCUCUGGUGGAAGCCAUUGACGAAGGGAGACACGAAACAUUUCAAUGGAAUAAUACAAAUUGGAACUUUUUCGUUGCUGACAAAAAUCGUUUUGGGAGUAGCUGUAUUUGCUAAUAUACUUCAGUGUCUGGUCGUGCAGGAUUUGUGAGGAUUAUUUAUAGAAAAUAGCGACUAAGGUAACAAUGUCGUCCCCUGAAAAAGUCUACUCGAUUAAUAUCGAGGACAUCAUUAAGGAAUAUACUUGGAACAGAUUCCGAAAGUCCAAGCAUUUUCUGCGACGACCAUUCUACAGGAAAAGUAAUUAUUAUAUUGAUAUCAACUGGGGAUACUUAGACUUUAAUCAUGACACCGUUAGAUUUGACAUCCGCCCCGAGAGUACUAGUACACUGCCAGAGGAAAUAGCCUCCACAAGUGUUGAAUCUAGUCCAGGCAAACAAAGUGUGGACAAAGACGGAAGCAAAAAUGUGGUUCUGUACAAGUCUAGAUAUGAGAAUAAGACGCCAAUGGACCAACAGUACACGUUCUCAACGACUCGCGAGACAAAAGCAUCAUGUAACGUGGAAUUCCAAGAAACGUACACCAAAGGAGCCGAAUGUAACAUCGAGAUCAAGGUCCCGGGGGAUAUUGUCACUAUAGGGGCAGGUCUAAGUGGAGAACUGGCAGUCACCAAGACAAAGAGCGAAUCGUUCGAGGAAACAGUCACGUGGGAGGUCAACACACAGAUAAAUGUUGCCAGAGGUCACACGGCCGAGGCAACGGUGUUUGUGUCAGAACGCAACAGUAUGGCUGACUUCGAAGUCAAAUCGACCAUGUCACUUCCGGAUGGAAAGGAUAUGCCCGUCGCUGUUCGGCGCAUCUCGGAUGACAUGGUCAUGUAUACAGAUAUUAUAAACGAUCUGGCUCCUGUGUUUUCAGAGGUAGCCAAGAAAAGUCAGAUCGUUGAACUAGUGAAAAGUAAAGAUCAGAAACGAGGCAUGCUUCGAUCGAAUGUUAUCUUAACAACUCAUGGCACAUGUAAAAGUAUUUCAUGGAAAAACCAACAUGUCCAUGUCAAUUCUGAGCAAGUGGUUAAAUAUGAUGAUGAUUUAGCAAAGGAUGGUGAUGAAAAGUGAAUGGAUCGAUUGUUUCAAGCCUUUGUGAUAGCGAUUUUAAACGCUUGUGAUAACUAAAGUAGAACUUUAAAUGUACUUAACAUAGUAGAUAACGAUUAGGCUUAAGCCUUAUCUGCCAAUAAACAUAAGUGAUGAAUUCAAAAUUAACACUCAAAUUAUAUUAAUUUGACCCGAACUCAACAAAUAUACGGUUGGGAAAGGAAAGAAAAGUCUUCGGCUGUGUUUAGUUCUGUUUACGAACAUUUUCACUUAUUAACCAAUAGAUAUGUCUGGACAACCUUUGAACAAAUGGAGCAAGACACCUCAGAUAGUUGAAUAGUCUUCUUUAGAUAUUGAAAUCGGCAAAUGAAGACUGACUGCUUAAAAAGAAAUUCUGAUGAACGUUUUACGUGUAGCUAAAGUAGAGAGACCAUGCUCUCCUGAAAUCAGUUGUGCCUUGGGCGUCCGUCACCUAGAAGUUCUUCCUUUAUCAGACAACUGCCAGAAUCAACUAGAUGUGUUGUGUAUCAUUUUGAACAUUGAUGUGAACUUUGGACCGUCGGUGCUAUCAGUGAUGAUAUCGGACCACACUUCAAACAGAUAAAAAAUCAUAUUUUAUAAUUCAGAGACGAAGAAGUCUCGUACAGAUAGACGCUAUGUGAGAUCAAUUUACUUCCGAGUAGCGGAAUUUGUGACAUUACAGAAGGAGAUGAACACAAUAGUGAUAAUUCAAUGAUAUUCUGUUAUUAUACAUAUUCUAGUAAAUACAUACAUCUUUAUUUCGGUAUUUGGUUUUGUAAUACUUAGUCCAAAGUUCAAAUAAUUUUAAGUAGAGUCACGUAGAAUACGUUUGUACAUACUGCAUACUCCAACUGUCAGUUAUUUGCCUAUACGUAAAUAUAAACAUUUUUAAUUUUUAAUUCAACAUAAUAUAUUCUAAAUUUACAUGUGUUAUGAAUAAUGGAUAUCUUAAUCCGUAAUUGUGGAACGAAUUUAUGCCUGUGAAAGGGUAACUAUUAUUACGAUUAAUUAUAUAUACACAUAUAUUAGAUGAAAAUAUGCAAUAAAGUGAUAUCAGUCAA